AUCCUCCCCUCUCUUUUGACUCUCUCUCACGACUCUCCCCUGACGGCGGCCUCCGGCGGCCGACUCCGCGGCUCGGCGAGGAAGAGAGGCUCGCGGCGCAGCGGCGGCGAGGAGGGGUCCCUCUGCUUCCGUACCACUCGCGGACGCACUCGGCCACUCGCCCUCGAGAUCUCAAGAUGCGGCUGGUCGGCCUGACGGGCGGGAUCGCCUCCGGGAAGAGCACCGUCUCCGGCCUCUUCAAGUCGUCCGGCAUCCCCGUCGUCGAUGCCGACGUCGUGGCUCGGAAUGUAGUGCAGAAAGGUACUGGAGGUUGGAAGAAGAUUGUAAAAGCUUUUGGGAAUGACAUUCUGUUGGAAAAUGGAGAAAUUGACAGAGCUCAAUUGGGCCAGAUUGUUUUCACUGACCCAGAAAAACGCAAGCUUCUAAACCGUCUUCUGGCCCCACACAUUUCAUGCGGUAUAUUCUGGGAGAUACUAAAACUGUGGGUGAAGGGAUCCCUGGUCAUCGUUGUCGACAUCCCGCUCCUGUUUGAGACAAAGAUGGACCGGUGGACGGACCCCGUGGUUGUCGUAUGGGUGGAUCCCAAAACUCAGAUCGAAAGGCUCAUGUCAAGAGACGGGUGCGGCCAGGAACAGGCUCAGAGCAGGAUCGACGCGCAGCUUGCACUGGACUGGAAGAAGUCGGAAGCCGACAUAGUGAUCGACAACUCUCGCUCCCGGGACGAUACGAAAGAGCAGUUCCAGGAAGUGCUGAAGCAGGUGUCUGCUCCCUUGACAUGGAAGGAGCGCAUGAUGUCCAGGGAUGGCCUUCUCUCUAUCGUCGUGUGCACCGCAGCAGGGCUUCUGCUUGCUCAGAAGAAUCUGCUAUGAUCUUUUCAUGCUUAGGGAGUUAAGGUAACUAGGAUCGGACUAAGAUUGAUUGGUUGAAAAUUUCCAAGUGUCGGUGCAGAGCACUAGGCGAACAUGAUUACUGUUCUGCCAGGUCUGGAGUUAUUAUACCACAAGUGCUGAAUAUCAAGUGAAAUAAAAUUUGUAACUGCCUGCU